CUUCCUGUCCAUGGAUGACCAGUCCUAGUCACGAGUGUGUCACAACCACCUCUUUGUGUAUCUGAAUUCCUCCACCUGAAAGAAAAUUUCAGACCCAGGAUAGAUUAAUCAUCAGGUCCACAGCCCUGGCCGGAUGAGUGGGGGUGUUUUGAUCCUGAUGUUAUUCCCAUGUCAGCACAGAACUUGUGUGGCAGUAGAGAAAGAGGUCAGGCUUCAGAGUCAGCAAGAACUGGAUUUCAAACUGGAUUUGAGGACCCCCACCUUUGGUAAGUGACUUAUUAUCUGCGAGCCUCUGUUUCUCUCUUCUUUAAAUGAGGACAGUAAAUCCCAUAUGGCAGGGUGGUGGGGAGAAUCAGAGAUGAUACGGCUGGUGAUCACAUCUGGUUUGUGUUCCCAGGGGCACCAGACUAGGGUUUCUGAGCAUGGAUCCAACCGUCCCAGUCUUGGGUACAGAACUGACACCAAUCAAUGGACGUGAGGAGACUCCUUGCUACAAUCAGACCCUGAGCUUCACGGUGCUGACGUGCAUCAUUUCCCUUGUGGGACUGACAGGAAACGCGGUUGUGCUCUGGCUCUUGGGCUGCCGCAUGCGCAGGAACGCUGUCUCCAUCUACAUCCUCAACCUGGCCGCGGCCGACUUCCUCUUCCUCAGCUUCCAGAUUAUACGUUCGCCAUUACGCCUCAUCAAUAUCAGCCAUCUCAUCCGCAAAAUCCUCGUUUCUGUGAUGACCUUUCCCUACUUUACAGGCCUGAGUAUGCUGAGCGCCAUCAGCACCGAGCGCUGCCUGUCUGUUCUGUGGCCCAUCUGGUACCGCUGCCGCCGCCCCACACACCUGUCAGCGGUCGUGUGUGUCCUGCUCUGGGCCCUGUCCCUGCUGUUUAGUAUGCUGGAGUGGAGGUUCUGUGACUUCCUGUUUAGUGGUGCUGAUUCUAGUUGGUGUGAAACAUCAGAUUUCAUCCCAGUCGCGUGGCUGAUUUUUUUAUGUGUGGUUCUCUGUGUUUCCAGCCUGGUCCUGCUGGUCAGGAUCCUCUGUGGAUCCCGGAAGAUGCCGCUGACCAGGCUGUACGUGACCAUCCUGCUCACAGUGCUGGUCUUCCUCCUCUGCGGCCUGCCCUUCGGCAUUCUGGGGGCCCUAAUUUACAGGAUGCACCUGAAUUUGGAAGUCUUAUAUUGUCAUGUUUAUCUGGUUUGCAUGUCCCUGUCCUCUCUAAACAGUAGUGCCAACCCCAUCAUUUACUUCUUCGUGGGCUCCUUUAGGCAGCGUCAAAAUAGGCAGAACCUGAAGCUGGUUCUCCAGAGGGCUCUGCAGGACACGCCUGAGGUGGAUAAAGGUGGAGGGCAGCUUCCUGAGGAAAGCCUGGAGCUGUCGGGAAGCAGAUUGGGGCCAUGAGGAAGAGCCUCUGCCCUGUCAGUCAGACGGGACUUUGAGAGCAACACUGUCCUGC